CGUGCUAGGAUAAAGAGACUCCAAUUGGGGAUUGACUGAUGUCUAGACCAGUGCACAGAAAGCGGCGAAUUAAAUGCAUAGCUAUAGACGGCCUCUAUUCUUGCAGUCUGUACUUCGCCAUUAUGUCACUGUAGUGUAUUUUUCCAUCUGAUCUAUCAAUACAAUCACGGGACAGGGGAAGCUAGCUGAGACUGUUAGCUACGAGAAUUAUUUCGGGUGUCUCCACAGAAGCGGGCUCAAAGAGUCACACCCUAAUUCUUUAGUAUCCUCCCAUCAGCCGCACGAAUGCUGCUGUUACAGAUGUUCAGCGCUGCUUUGCCCUCUGGAUUAUUGCGGGGCUCUUUCUAAACGCUGGCUGUCCUGUCAAUAACUCGCUUGUAUUUGUGCUAAACUGCUAAAAGUCACCGGGGAAGUCAUGGAUGUCCAGUUUCAAUGUACUAUGUGGGGAGACAGAUAACGUUAGCCAGCUAGCUAGUGUGUGAUCCAUCAGCACUCCUCUCUGUGGGUUUGGCCGAAGACUGAGGAAUAUGAGCUCACCAAUGUACACGUUUGUUUUGAGAGAUGACAACAGUACUGUGUAUGCGGAGGUGGCCAAGAUCCUCAUAUCCACUGGAAAAUGGAAACGACUGAAGAAAGACAAUCCUCGAUUUAAUUUAAUGCUGGGGGAGAGAAACCGGCUGCCUUUUGGACGGCUGGGUCAUGAACCAGGACUGAUGCAGCUGGUGAAUUAUUACAGAGGAGCUGAUAAACUGUGUCGUAAAGCAUCACUGGUCAAGAUUGUCAAGACCAGUCCAGAGUUAAAGGACUCUUGUAACUGGUUCCCUGAGUCUUACAUAAUUUACCCAACUAACCUUAACACUCCAGUAGCCCCAGCCACCAAUGGCAUUAGCCAUAUGAAGAGCAACCCUAAGACAGAUGAGCGAGAGGUCUUCUUAGCCUCAAAUAACUCACGAAAGGAAAGCGGAGAAGGAAUGGUGUGGAUCGCAAAAUCGUCAGCAGGUGCAAAAGGUGCGGGUAUACUGAUAUCUCAUGAUGCAAAUGAAUUGCUUGAGUUCAUUGAUAAUCAAGGUCAAGUGCAUGUCAUUCAGAAGUAUCUGGAAAAACCACUGUUGUUAGAGCCAGGGCAUCGCAAAUUUGAUAUAAGGAGUUGGGUGCUUGUAGACCAUCAGUACAAUAUCUACCUGUACCGUGAGGGCGUGUUACGGACGUCCUCUGAGCCCUACAACAGCUCAGAUCUGCAGGAUAUGACCAGUCACCUCACCAAUCACUGCAUCCAGCAAGAGCAUUCGCAGAACUACGGCCGCUAUGAGGAGGGCAAUGAGAUGUUCUUUGAUGAGUUCAGACACUACCUAUUGAGCACACACAAUGUUGCCAUGGAAACAUCCAUUUUACCUGAGAUCAAGCAUAUUAUCAGGAGCUGUCUCACAUGUAUCGAGCCGGCCAUCAGCACUAAACACUUGUCCUACCAAAGCUUCCAGCUCUUCGGCUUCGACUUCAUGGUGGACGAGAGUUUUAAAGUCUGGCUGAUUGAGAUCAAUGGAGCACCUGCCUGUGCACAGAAACUCUAUCCUGAACUAUGUCAAGGCAUCAUUGAUGUGGCCAUCUCCACCAUGUUCUCUCUGAGUGCAGAUGCUAUCUCAGCCUCGCCUCCAUUCUCCACUUCUCCAUCUCUCUCCUUCAACUCCUGCUCCUCACCCAAAAUCAGAGCACCCCAUCACUUUGGCCCAUUCAUCAAACUAUAAACCGCUGUUGUCAUGUAACCCCUCCCCAAUGUCCUGCCCAAAAAUACAUCAUCAACCAGUGUUUUCCACUUGGAGGCUUGACUGUCUACACGUGAUCAUGGGGCUGACCAAAUGGGGGAUUAAUCUCUAAAUGAAGUGGACAGUAGGGAUGUAACACCUUAUCUGCUUCCAUCUGUCAUCUAUAAAGCAAAUGAGGACGAUACGAGUUCCCAGUGUAAAGAUACUUGCGACGCACUACCCAGAAGUGGGUGAUUAGUUUCAAAAGCCAGGCAUGUACACUUACUGUGCAGAUUGCCUCUACAGUUGAUCAAGGCUUCAAUGUUCAAAAACGUGUGAUGUGAUCAGUAAAACAUGGAUUGCAAGCAUUCAAUUAACAUUUGAAUGAGAUUUUCCACCAAAGAAGAGGGUUUAGCUCCCUUGUAAGCCCAAGAUCUCUGUCAUGUCAACAAGACUCCUCAGGACUUUCCCUGGCACCUUGAUGCAAAGGACAAUGGAUUUUAAUUAAACUCCUGAGACUUUAGUGCCUUACAUAUUAACAGACAUACACCCUUGCCACAAACUCCCAAAAAGCGAAGCUAGCCUUUUGAAAGUCUGGUUGCAUCCCAUCAACUGUAUCAAAUUAUUUGGGUACUUUUGGCUCUAGUGUGUACUAAAUGGUUUUAAUGUCACAAAUGAAUCUGAAUCAGAUUCAGAAGUUUAUAAUUUGCAGUGUGCAUGCUUGUGACAUCUACAUGCUGGCAUUUGAUAGAAGUAAUAGAAGAUUAAUCUGUAUCCAUUCAUACAGUUUUUGUUGUUUUGCUCUAUUGUUACUCUUUUGAGGAGUACAUUUAGCAAUUUGAGCACUAUUAUAAUACUAUUUCCUCUUGUACUUUGUCUGAGGAAAGAACAAUGCGUUGUAUGUGUAUGUAUGCAUUAGUUUAGUUUGUUGUAUUUGUUACUGUUGACCAUACCAAUCUGAAUACAGCAGAGUACAGUGUUGCAAUUCUGAGUUAGCAAAAGCUUAAGUUAUUCAAAAAAGGAUUUAAUCAUGUGCAAUACAUUUCAUUUUAAAUACUCAUUAUUGUCAUGUCUUGAAAACAAGUACACAAUAUAAACUUAACUGGAGUAGUAGAUAAUAUGACUAAUGUUGACCAUCAAAACAGUGGAAAGCUGAACCUUUUUCAUGAUGGAGUUAUUUAAUGCAGUCCUUAUCUUUUAUUCUCACAUUAUAUUCUAAGGAAAUUGCUGAACUUGCCCACAGGGGGAGCGAGAACCCAGAUGAUCUCAUUGUUGCAGAAUACUUUUGAUGUCUUUAUUCAAGUUUGUACAAUAUACAGUACAAUACUCAGAGAGCCAAAAAGAUCACCACAAACAUGGCAGUAAUUGAAGUGUAGCCAACACAGUGUGCAGCCUGAGAAGGGGAAGUUACACGAGUCCAGUGCGAAUCUUAGGAUAUACAUACAAACGUAAAAACAAUAACCACAUAGUAAACGAGAGAACACAGAAACAGACAGUAGAAAUGCAACAUCAUAAAUCAGAACAUGAAAAUAAAUAUUUCAGGGUUACAUCAUGCAGGUCACAACAGUCCCUGUUCUUAUCGUCCUUCAUUUAUAAUUGGUAAGUUUAAUAAAGUUGUAUCUUGCACUUUAGACAUAAACUGCACAAUUAUGCAUAUGAAUUGAGUGUUAAAUCCCCUAAAUGACUUCAGGGAGUGAAUGCCAUGUCAGUAACCCUGUUUAACAAAAAUAACAACAAUAGUGACCAAAUGUAAUAUAAACUGAUCAACAGUUAAAAUGAUUCUUUAAACAAUUAGAAAAUGAAACUCAAACAUGUGCAGGGCACAUUUAGUCCCACAAGCAUAUAUGUAGCAAAGCUCAAAUUAGUGGCAUAAAAUAACUUGAUAUUGCAUGUACAAAACAUGUAAAUGAUAUCUUUAAUAAUUAAGAGUGCAUAUACUGAAACACUCCAGCUUUUGUCAGUAAAACAUUGCGUGCACAAUCAAUUCCAGCCAACAUGAAGCAGCUAUCCUAUUGCAUGAUACAGCCUAAUGCAGAGUACUAACAUGCAAAACACACUUAUAUGUGCAAAGUGAAUCAAUUACUGUGUGAAAAAGUUACAAAUGUUUUUACACAGUUAUCACGAAAGCUGAAAUAUGCAGCAAUAAACAAAAUAGAAAGCUACUUGAAGAUCUGUUGAGCAUAAAGGGUAGCAUGUAUCAGUGCAUUAUAUUAACAUAAAUCCUACAGGAAAUCAUACACUGAUACAUAAUGGGCUGCUGAUACAUAACUUUGACAAUUUUUUUUUAAAUCAUUAUCUAGUUUGUAACAUCUUGACCAAUAUUUGACCUUACAGAACUCAAAUUGCUCUGUUGUUGCACACUCAAAAUACGCAAACCCACUUCCACAUUAAUAAGAAAAAACCUGCCCGGGCCAAACACAAGGCACAAUCGCUUUCAAACAGGCACUUAAGUUAAACAUCUAGGGACAGAAUUACAUUUGUAAUAUUCCAGUGCAUUUUUUUUAUUUUUUACUUUUUUUUAAUCUAGAGUAGCAAUAGACUUAUAACUCCAUGUAAAAUAAUAUUCUGUUGCUUUACCUCACCAAUGAUUAAGGUAACAAAGAUAAAAUUCCUGCAGUCAGCUUGCAAUAUUAAAGGGAUAGUUUGCCCAAAAAAAAAAA